CUAUGAGACUGGGAACUUUGUCAGGCCUGCUUCUUUUUUUCAGCUCCCAACUUCUCCGUUUUAUCCUUUGGAUUUUUCAAUGCGCAGCCUCAACUCUUCGCUCACAGAUACUUCCUCUACUGAAACCAAGAACCAAGGAAGGUUUUGUUCAUUAACUGAAGUAUUAACUAAAGUAUCUGCAUCAGAAGCUGCAGGAACCCUCCCAAUCUUCCUAGCCCUCUCUUUACCCCCCAACGUAUCGUCACCAACUGUAACCUCUGCAUCCACUGCAGAUACGUCUUCAGCGAACCUCGACUUCUCUCUUUCUCAUCAAGAUGAAUCACACAGUCAGUAUGUGGGACCUUUCAGUCAAUCUGGGGCUUCUUAUAUCCCCGCCUUUGUUCCACAGAGUGAGAACGUUUCCACAGAAAGGCCUCCAGAACCUUUUGACCUGCUAGAACCGCCGUGCUUAAAAUACAGCAGACAAGAUACAGCAGGAAACCAAGAUGAAAUAAUGGAGUCGGUUGGACAUGUGAGCGACUCCGUCCCAAACAGAUCAGCCUCUGCUGACCUUCUCCUCCCUUCAGCAUCUGGUUUGAGAAGAAGAGACCGCAGCAACUCGUCUCCUUCUGUCCUCUGUCCUCUGAUUCAUCAGGAUCCUCCUCCAGACGUCAGUAUCUUACCCCGAGCUGCUAGUUUACCCAGCAUGAAGCUCCAAAGCAGCUUUGAGGAGUUUACUCCUGGUUUCUGUGGAGAUCCAGAUGAUGAAACCUACCGGUUCCAGUGCUCCGGUCCAGGCCUGUACCAGUGCAGAGUGAGCGGCCUGGUGUUUGCCAUGAAGGGAGGAGGAGACGUGUUUUACAGGGUUGUUCCCUGGAACAGGACAUUACUGAGCCCACAUGGCAAGAAGCCUGCAGGACCUCUGUUUGACAUCAGCUGCCUGCAGCAGUCUGUGGCUCAGCUUCAUCUCCCUCACUGUGAGGUCCGCUCCACUGGACCAUGUCACUUCCUGUCAGUCGCUCAUCUCCAUGACGGAGGCGUGGAGUUCAUCAGGCCUGAGAGGAUCACAGAGACUCACAUCAUCAUCAGCAUCUCAGGGUUUUCUGCUUUUGGGAACGUCAAGGAUGAGGAUUCUCCUGCUGACCCGGUCCGAGCCUUGGUUCUGCUGUUCUACAGACCUGCAGCUGAUCCUGAGUCAGAACACGAGAUUAAUGUGUUGAUGCUGCCAAAGAACGUUGUUCUCAACAAUGUGCUGCGUUUCAGGAGGAAAUUAGACGAGAAUGAAAGAUUCCUGGAGACGCCUCCAGACUGCAAACUGCAGCCGAAUCAGGUUUACUCUCUGUCUGUCUCUCCUGGUGGCGACUCGGUUCUGGUUCAGCCCAAAGAAGCCGAGUUUGAUGCAGAAUCCUAUGAAAACUACGUCUCAACGUUCCAGGUGGUUUAUGAGGAAACGAUGAAACACAUCAGACUGUCUCUGACGGACAGCAGCUCCUGCAGCGUCUGGGACAGACGGGUUUGUCUUUCUGCUGCCGGAGUCAGAAGAUCCUGUGGGCCGACUCGACAGAACCGCAGUCCAAAGGAGCAACUGAUGGAGAUAAGGAUCAACUUCAAGGAUGGAGUAUCAGGACCGGUUCUGCAGAGUCUGCUGGACUAUCUGCUGAAGGAAAAAGUCAUCAAUGAUUCAGAGAUGGAGGAGGUGGCGGCGGAGAGAACCAGAGGAGAAAAAGCUCGACUUCUAGUCGACACGGUGAGGAGGAAAGGAGAUGAUGCAAGUUCAAAGAUGAUCCACUUCCUCUGUGAGCUCGACCAACACUUCUCUGAAUAUUUGGAACUGAUGUGAGGAAGA